AUGUCAUUGCCCCCUCUUGAUCCCAACGUUGGCAUGCGAAGGACAUACCUGAUAUCUGCUUUGCAACAUGACAGCAUUGCUAAGCAUUACAAUUGGCGAAAAGAUGAAACGAAAAGGUGCAGCGUUCCAAUCGUGAAAAUGGCAGAAACAGAAAAGGAAAAAUCGACGUUCAUCUUUCGCUUUUCCACGUUAUCUCUAUCUAUCUAUCUAUCUAUCUAUCUAUCUAUCUAUCUAUCUAUCUAUCUAUCUAUCUAUUUCACUUUUAAUAUAUAUAUAUCUAUCUAUCUAUCUAUCUAUCUAUCUAUCUCAGUAUUUUCAUAUCUAUCUAUCUAUCUAUCUAUACACAUAAAUGCGAAUAUUAAGUUAAUCUAUCUAUCUAUCUAUCUAUCUAUCUAUCUAUCUAUCUAUCUAUCUAUAAAAGACAUUGACAGUUUCCUUGAAUUUUUCAAUUAA